AUCAGUUCAGCUUGUUCAAUUUGUAAUGGAGAUAACAAUCUACCAUCCAUAAUUCUGUGCUAUAGAACAAGUGAAGAAGCUGAAGUUCAUUUGCCCGGAAAACGAAAAAUGGGUACCUUUGUGCAAAUUCAUCCUUUGCUCAGGACGCCCCUGCUCAUGGGUUCUUCAUUCUUGUGUAAAGAUAAUAAUUCCCAAAUACAGCCUUGGAGCAAUUGCAGAGAAACCAUGCUCACACCCAAGAGGCAGUUGGAGCUCAAGUACUGGGCUCAAACUGAAAAUGGAAGAACAGGAUUGUAUAGGAAGGGAAAGGCGAUUGUUUGUAAUGGGUUUCUGUUGCCAGUGGAUCCAUGGGCGCCAAACAUUGAUUCACAGAGCAUAGCCUCACAGCUCUUCGCCUUCUCUCUGUUUCCUUAUCUGGGUUUCUUGUAUUUCAUCACUAAAUCGAAGUCUGCGCCGAGACUCACACUUUUCGGGUUUUACUUCUUGUUGGCCUUUGUUGGUGCCACAAUACCGGCAGGAAUUUAUGCCAAAGUGCAGUAUGGAACAUCCUUGUCCAAUGUUGAUUGGUUGCAUGGUGGAGCUGAGUCACUGCUUACUCUCACCAACAUAUUCAUUGUGUUAGGCCUAAGGGCAGGUCUCAGAAAAGCUAGAGAUUAAAAUGGGAACACUUCAAGCUUUCCCUCUGAGUCAAAGAGGAGGAGUAGUCAUCGAUCUAGGUGAUGAAUGUAACCUUAUGAUGCUUAUGGUUGAGUUGGAGAUGAGGACCCUCAUCCCCUGUCCUAAUGAGAUGCCAAGUACUUCAUCUUCAUAGAUACUCUAGCAUACAAAUUCUGUUAUUAUCCUGUGUAAUUAGUCUCCAAGAUAAUCCAUAUGCGUAAUGGCUGACAUCAUACAUAUCACACCUUCAACUGUGAUAAAUGGGCUUCUCGGAUAAGGCAGGACUUGCAGCUUUAUCUAUAUGUUGAUUCUCCAUUUUCUGCACUUUCCUGUGCAGCUUUUGUCUUUCCAAUAUUGUAAAUGGUCUCUGUUUAUCAUUUUCUGUGUUGUGAUAGUUUCUCUUUACCUCAUUAACAAUCUUAGACAACCUGACAUAUGAUAAAUAUCAUAUUGGUAUUUGUUUUUAUAGAAUCUUACCUACUAAGCUAUUUCACAAGGCAUGUUCA